CCACUGUCUUCUCCACUACGAUGCAAGCCUUCAGUUUCCUCGUUGCAUUCGCAAUCACGUUCAGCUCGACGUUUGCCGCUCCCGCGGAUACUGCCUCUACCCGCCAGCAGCAAGUCAACUAUGCCGAAGUCGCUGCACUCAGUCAAAAGCUCGCAGACUUGCGCAAUUCCGUGCUGGGGCAGAUUCAACAGGUCACGGGAGACGAAACGACUUCACGGAUCGCUGGUCAAUUCAACCUCGGCGGGUCCAUCCAGCGCCUGAACGGUGCUGCCAACGAUAUCAGUGGUGCAAUCGGUUCCAUGGAAAAAAUUCUGAAUAAUGUCGCCUCUCAAUACUCUAGCGAUGAGAAGGCCAAUUGGAAGAAUUUUGGCUGAAGACAUCUGAUUGCUGUUAGGAACUGCAUUAAGGACUAUAACUAGGCGGCAUUAGGGGAGUGAUGAAUUAAAGUCAGAUCUGGAAAAUAAGUCGACGUAACUUUAUUUUACAAGAGACCCUUAGGGCCGUGGCGACACUUAAGUAAGGG